UCCUGGGGCUGCUGUCGCUCAGAGAGGCGCCGUCCGGUGGGGGGGCGACGAGGGGCACUAGCGGGCCCUCGAGCUGGAGGCAGAGAGCCGCAGGGGGUGGGAGGAACUUCUUCCAGAACCUUCCUUUGGCCCAGGUUGCGCUCUGAGCCAGGCACCACAUUCGUAUUCGGAGGAGGCGACCCCCAGGUCGCAAGAUGGAAGUGCGCGUCCAGGAGGCUGUGUAACCGGAGCCGCGGGAGUCAGCGGGCCGGAGAACGCGGCGGGCCACCCUUGGCUUAGUCCGUGGAUGUUGACCGCCCCCUUGAAGAGCCCCCACAGACAUGGCGGAGAGCUGGUUACGUCUCUCAGGAGCAGGGGUGGCGGAGGAGGCCGGGUCGGAGGGCGGCCUGGAGGAGCCCGACGCCCUGGACGACAGCCUGACCAGCCUGCAGUGGCUGCAGGAAUUCUCCAUUCUCAACGCCAAGGCCCCCGCCCUGCCCCCGGGGGACACCGACCCCCAUGGCUACCACCAGGUGCCAGGCUCGGCGGCGCCAGGUUCGCCUCUGGCGGCCGACCCCGCCUGCCUGGGGCAGCCGCACACGCCGGGCAAGCCCACGUCGUCGUGCACGUCUCGGAGCGCGCCCCCGGGGCUGCAGGCCCCGCCCCCCGACGACGUAGACUACGCCACUAACCCACACGUGAAGCCGCCCUACUCUUAUGCCACGCUUAUCUGCAUGGCCAUGCAGGCCAGCAAGGCCACCAAGAUCACCCUGUCGGCCAUCUACAAGUGGAUCACGGACAACUUCUGCUACUUCCGCCACGCUGAUCCCACCUGGCAGAAUUCCAUCCGCCACAACCUGUCCCUGAACAAGUGCUUCAUCAAAGUGCCCCGGGAGAAGGAUGAGCCGGGCAAGGGGGGCUUCUGGCGCAUCGACCCCCAGUACGCUGAGCGGCUGCUGAGCGGGGCCUUCAAGAAGCGGCGGCUGCCCCCGGUCCACAUCCACCCUGCCUUCGCCCGCCAGGCCAUGCAGGAGCCCAGCGCCACGCCGUGGGCUGGGCCGCUGACCGUGAACACUGAGGCCCAGCAGCUGCUGCGGGAGUUCGAGGAGGCCACUGGGGAGGCGGGCUGGGGGGCAGGCGAGGGCAGGCUGGGGCAUAAGCGCAAACAGCCGCUGCCCAAGCGGGUGGCCAAGGUGCCACGGCCCCCCAGCACCCUGCUGCUGACCCAGGAGGAGCAGGGCGAGCUGGAACCCCUGAAAGGCAACUUUGACUGGGAGGCCAUCUUCGACGCUGGCACUCUGGGCGGGGAGCUGGGCACGCUGGAGACCCUGGAGCUGAGCCCGCCGCUGAGCCCCGCCUCACACGGGGACGUGGACCUCACUGUCCACGGCCGACACAUCGACUGCCCCACUACCUGGGGGCCUCCAGUGGAUCAGGCUGCCGACAGCCUGGACUUCGACGAGACCUUCCUGGCCACGUCCUUCCUGCAACACCCCUGGGACGAGAAUGGCAGUGGCUGCCUGCCCCCGGAGCCCCUCUUUGAGGCCGGGGAUGCCACCCUGGCUGCUGACCUGCAAGACUGGGCCAGCGUGGGUGUCUUCUUGUAAGAGGCCAGGCCCCGCCCCACCUCUGGACAGCCCCCAAGUCAGGGCCCUGACUGCCCCCCAACACAGGCUCAUGGACACCCUACUGCCCAGGCAGGGGCUGGGCCAGGUCUCCUGAGGCUGGCCCUAUGAGGCCACAUGGACCCUAGCCCGGGCUACCCUCAGAUUCUAGCCCAGGAGGCUGAGAACUGAGGCCCAGGACCUGAAUUGCUGCCUCCCCUCCCCAGCCCCCCAAUACACACAGUGUUUCAUUGACCCUCAUCUUCCCUGCCCCAGGAGCCAGCUAAGGCCCCUGCACUGUGAAAGCCGCAGCCUGGAGGGGCCCUGACCAAGCUGGGGAGCAACAAUACAGGGCCUGCCCCAGAGCACCGCGGCUUCAAUGCUUCUCCCUCUCCCGCUUUCCUCCCCAGGUCUCUAUCCAGAGAAAGUUCCCAGGUACAACAAAUGCUAAUUAGAUGACUGCAAAUUAAGCCCCUGGAGGCCUCUCCCGGCAAAGCCUCCCUGGGGCUGGGGCCGGCAGUAGAUGGGGAGGAGCUGAGGGGGAGGGGGGCAGAGAGGAGACAGAACAGAGGUUAGGGUGCCUGGGUGGGCAAGAUUUUCUGAGGCUUUUGGGGUCUUCUCUUGGCCCCUUCCCUAGAGGUGGGCAGAGGGUGUAAAUCCCUAAUCUCUGAGCCCGACUUGAGGCUGAGAGCAGCGAGGAGUUGGGGUUCU